GCCUACAUGACCUUGGAGGUCUAUAUAGUGGAACCAAGUCUUGAAUGGCGCCUCGAUGAGGGAACGAUAGAACAUAGGGAAGGGCUGUCUUUAGUGAGCGAUAUCUAAAUACAUGGUAGCCUAACUGAACGUAAUUUUUUAUGAAAUACUUCAGAUUUCAAUGCCCAAGAUGUUGUGUUCACUUCUGAGCCCGUGAUUUCCUACUCAAGUGAUAUAACAAACUUGGUGUCACAUCCUCCAUACUCGACUCUCAGGGUUCUUCUCAGCGAUCGAACUUCUUUUUGGUUUCGUUUUAAACGUAAUUGUCGAUAUAAAUAGCUAGAGAUGGCGCGUGGGGUAGGAGAGGUUAUAUACUUUUGUUAUAUACUCUCCGUCCAUCAUUUCUAUAUUUCUUUAUUCCCUGUGGGGCCUAAAAGUACGGCGUGUAUGUUGUCACACCAACCCACCUGUGAUAGCUCUAUUGGUCUGCAUAGCAUGUACCUUUACAUUUCCCAUAGCAUCCUUGACGAUCCUAUUUCAAGUUGAGGAACGCCUCCAGGUCCCACUAUAUCUCUGGAUCCUGUAGAUGAUCAAGCUCAUCCGAGAUGGCCUCCCUGGUCCAGCCUGGCAUACUAUCAAGAAAACAGAUCCUAUCCACUUGACAAGCAACUUGCACGGUACUUAUUCAGCCACAGCAUCUCCAAAGCGCAUCAUGGCAAACCCAUCUGGUACAUGAGUCUACCACUGAAUAUUAGAAUUGUCGUCAGGCAUAGUCAAGGUUGAUAGGAGGUAGAUAGCCAUCAAGACCGAAAGAACAAUCAUCCCCGCCAGCGAUAUUGUCGACGCCUGCGUAUCCCACAGGGGCCUGCUGUGACGCUCAACGAGCGUUGCAUAUAACCACGCUUCUUAAAUAGAGCCUUUUCUAGAGACAGUUCCACAGUGAACCCAUUUUCCGCAUUUAACAGGGUUAUUCCCUCUGUUUGGCCAGCAUUCGCAACCAGAUCAUUAGUGCCCACUCAUCGCCGUUGCCUAUGACUGCUUUUGCAAGCUAACGAUGCGAACUCUGAUGAUGUACCGGUUGAAUAGACUCGGUAGGGGCUGGGGUGUACAGUACUCGACUCCGUUUUAUAGGGUGUAGUUGCCUAAUUCUGGAUUAUGUAGGGUGGUUUUGCAUGUCAUUGUGAAGGAGUCUCUGGUCUAACAUGGCGAAUCCAGGGUGAACCGGGAGUUUGAGGUCCCGGGUUGGGUAGUGGAAUUAGUCGACAUCACAGGAUCGACUAUAAUUUGGACGCUAGUAUACGUUGUAAAAGAGCUAUGCAGAUACCACUCUACCAACUGACAAGUGACGAGGACAUUCGUCCUAACACUCGCGACUAGAUGUGGCGGCUGGGUCUCGGGAUAGAAGAGUCUGCUACACCCGAGUUCGUGUAGUUUGGCAAUUCAGAUACCCAGCAGUCAGAACCGCAGUGACCUCCAGUAGGCGAGAGAACUUGUCAGUUGGAAAUUACGAUCUCCAGUGAUAUUCGCAUAUAGAACUUCCGAGAACGUUGACGGUCUCGUGAUUGUAAUCUAUGGAUAUUCUGUUUUCUGGAACUAGACAUACCAGCCAAGUGGAUUCGGAUGCAGUAUCUUUUGAAUAAUCGCAUCGACAUCUAGAAUGAAUAGUUCUUGAUAUCAUCUAUGGUCAAUGGUAAAUAAGACGGGGGUUACUCCUAAGAAAUGAUACCCAAGGAAUCAAAUAAAACGUCUGUCCAGCACACCACGACCAAGUUAUCGAAUAAAGAACUUUAUUAUAGACUGAAAUCAAUACACCUCAAAAGCCAUGAAUAUCAUGAUGAGCUAUAAAGAGCUGUACCAAAAGGGUAAAUCAGUUGAUACAAAGAUGUGUAUUGUCUCGAGCGCCGUGCGAAAAAGAUAGGAACAUCAUCAGAAGAGCACCGUUAUGGCUUUCUUCUAUAGCAUCAUCAACAGGGUCAUAUGUAUGGGCUGCCCAAGUCUUCCAAGAAGAGAAGAGAGCGUCUGUCGUCUACGACAAUCCUUGAACAUGCCUGAAGUAGACACCAAAUCUUAUGCAAGUGUAUU